AGCAAUAAAAGCCCUCACAGUGUUGGUCCUGUGUGUUCAGUCAUGAUGGCUUUCUCUUGGCAAGGUGUGCUGCUCUUGAGCCUUGUAGCGGCUGUUUCAGUUUAUGCAGACAUGAAACUGGACUGUAGGCCUGGUUUUGUGACAGUGGUGUGGACAGAGAGCAGAUCCCAGGCUGACCCGUCACUCUUCCGUCUCGGAAACUGUUUUCCCACCAGCAUCACGGCCAGGGAGGUUGUUUUCAGUGUCGACUUCAACGAUUGUAACUUCAGGACAAUGGUCACUGGGAAUCAGCUAAUAUACACCAAUGAUCUUCUCUACAUUUCUUCUCCUGAUUCCAGUGUACUCCCUGUCAUUCAUCCAGUUGUCUGUACAUAUGAGAGGCCAAAAGACUGGUACCCUCUCAUCUAUGACCCUGUAUUUAACACAUAUGGUGAAGGGGAUCUAGUGUUUGCCAUCAGACUAAUGAAUGAUGACUUCUCAGGCCCUGCUAAAUCUACUAGUUUUCCUCUGGGCUCCUUUAUUCCAAUCAUGGCCAGUGUGGAGCUGAUGAACCAUCAGCCCUUGCUGCUGCUGCUUGAGGAAUGUGUAGCUGCUGCCACACCAGAGCUGCAGCCUGAAAGCAAUUUAUACCCAAUAAUUACAAAUAAGGGAUGUCUUGUGGAUAGUAAGAUUUCCCGCUCAAAAUUUGAACCAAGAGAAAACCCAUCAGAGAUGCAUCUAUCCCUUCAAGCCUUUAGGUUUGCUCUUGGAAAAGAGGUGUUUAUCCACUGCAAACUUGUUGCUUGGGAUCCCAUUGGUCUUGACAACACAAAGAAGGCCUGCCACUAUGUCAAAGAUCAGGGCUGGGAGCUUCUGGAUAAUCCUGCAUAUAGCAAUCUAUGUGACUGCUGUGAUUCAAGCUGUAAGUCCAGGAAGAUGAGAAGUGUGUUAUCAGGGAAGCUGGGAAUAGUACAUAAAGCAGUCCUUGGGCCACUUACCAUCACUGAUGUGAAUUCCUGAAGCAUCACCGUAAGAACUGACUUCAAUUUACGUUG